GAGGAGGGCCGAGCUCGGGCCGGCGAGUCAAGGAAGUUAGCGGUAGGAUCCCAGAUAGCGGCGGCGAAGGCUUCGGAUCCCAUGGCGACCCCGGAGGCCAGCGGCAGCGGCGAGAAGGUCGAGGGCUCCGAGCCCUCCGUCACCUACUACCGGCUGGAGGAGGUGGCGAAGCGAAACUCGGCGGAGGAGACGUGGAUGGUGAUCCACGGGCGAGUCUACGAUAUCACCCGCUUCCUCAGCGAGCAUCCUGGAGGGGAAGAGGUUCUGCUGGAGCAAGCGGGUGCUGAUGCAACUGAAAGUUUUGAAGAUGUUGGCCACUCCCCUGAUGCCAGGGAGAUGCUAAAGCAGUACUACAUUGGUGAUGUCCAUCCGAGUGACCUUAAACCUAAAGAUAACAAGGAUCCUUCAAAAAACAAUUCAUGCCAAAGUUCCUGGGCGUAUUGGAUUGUCCCCAUCGUGGGCGCUAUUCUUAUAGGUUUCGUGUAUCGUCACUUCUGGGCCGACAGCAAAUCCUCCUGAGGGGCCACGUUGAAGUGUGGGGCACAUACCCCUGCGAGGAGAGGUGGAGACUUGUUUGGAGGCUGCGGGAUGCUCCCUCCUUGGAUCCUGACAGUUGUUUUCUUUCCCCUUGGAGCCAAGAUGGUUGACCAGAUAUCUAUCCUCCUUCAGUGUAGGACCAGAGUCUUUCAUCAGCCAGAGCCUGACGCCCAAAGCACCUGCUCACGCUGUGUCCUUGCCAGGAUUUCUUCUCAUUGGUUCCCACUCCUUCCCUUCAUUUCAAGAGUUGAUGCCAAUGACUUAGAGUUCCUAUGUUGUAGUGACAUGGCCUGUGGGGACAGUACAUGAUUUCUCAUAAUUUGAAUUCACAGUAGAUAUAGUUAAGGGAACAGCAGUCUAGUUAUGAAUUUUCCCCCAUUUUUCUUUUUAAGUAAAUUUAUUUUUUUUUAAUUCUGAUUUAAUUUUGUCAUUCAUCUUAAGGGAUUUAAUUCAUGAUGUUGUGUAUCUCUUAUUUCAAACACAGCUGCCAAAUGAUCUUAUUUAUGAUUGUUAGAAGUAAAGGGCCAGCAAGAUGGCUCAGUGGAUAAAAGCAAUUGCUGCAAAGCCUGAUGACCUGUGUCUGAGUCCCUGUACACACAGGGUAGAGAAUCAAUUCCCAAAAGUUGUCCUCUGACUUCCACAUGUGUGCUGUGGUCUUUGUACACACACACACACACACACACACACACACACACACACACACACACCCCAGAUGUUAUUUUUAAAAAUGAAAUGCAGCAACAGUGGUUGUCUCCGCUCCCCCCCCACCUCCGCCUCCUGCCGCCUCCAGAUAGUGUAGCUGAUGGCUCCUCCUCUAAGUCCCGCCUCUCCCCCCCUCCCCCCAGAUACUUCACAAAGUGUGCAUCCCUUUGAUCUCUUAGGAAUCUAAGAGCUGAAGAAGGACUGACUUCAGAAUAAUCUCUUUUACAAAGAGAACCAAACACUACUUAUAGGAGAGCAGUUUAAAAAGGGACCAACAUGCGCUCUCUGGUCUGACACUGGUUUCUAACCAUCUUCCACCCUGGCUGUUUUUACUGGUGAAAGAUGACUGUGCGCUUAUUCUGUACACUUCUCUACAGUCCAUGGGGCUUCACAAAGGCCUUUCUGCUUUUUUCUUUACCAAUUAGCAAAUUUCUGAUUCCCUGUCUUAAAGUAAGAGACUCAAGUUUGAGCUUAUGUUUAUCUCAGUAGAAUAACUUAGAUGUAAAUGUCAUUGACCGGCGUGCCACUUCAGAUUGGGAGACCAUGCCAAGAGGCUUCUGUUGUCAUCUGGGUUUUACCUCCAUGGCUCCAACUUGGUGGUUUUGUCCUACUUUUCUAUUGAGGAUAAUGAUAAAUCUGGAAGCCUUUUUCCCCUUGGAUAUGAAUUUCAUUGGAAAGUAGGCAGUCAUUUGAAAUUCCUUCUCUCGUUGGUCCAGGCAUUUUCCUGGCACCUCUGACUGUAUUCUCUCUCCCUGUGGCAGUGCCUGACAGUACCCAGCUGUUUCUUAGUUCCUACGAUUUUUCCUUACAUCUUUGUCCAUUACCAGUCAGCUUCUAGGCUGGUGUCACAUCCAGCAGGAAACCAUGGGAUUCCAGCAGGACCAGAGAUGUUGGGAAGUGUCCUCCUGCCUCUCUUCCAGCUUGCCAGGGGCCUGACAGGACAGGAAGCUGCACAGUAAACCAGUCUGCCCAUGUAAACUGUUUUUUAAAAAGUUCAGUCCAGGACUCAUAUCCUGUGAUUUAGCAGUUGAAUGAAUUCAGAAUUCAUCAAAAUAGCAUUAACCUUUUCCUUACACACUUGAAUAUGAUAUUUUAGAGUGAUUUCUAGGUGACUUUUAUAUGUCAGAGAUGAAGACUUAAUCAACCUUUCAUCUUUAGAAAUAUCUGUAAUAUUGUGUCAUAGAUUGAUAGUGUAGUUAUUCUGUAACAAAAGUGGCUUGCAGAGCGCACCUCCAGGUAAAGGCAGGGAAGGUUGUGUGCAGGGAGCCCUGGACCUGCUUGCUGGGAUAGCGAAGUCACAUGAAGUAUGCUGGGUAGAAGGGAAGAACAAAGGCACAUUGAGUGCAGCUGGGGUUCCAGCUAACACCAAACCCGAUGGUACACCUAGUGAAAAACAUCUGGCUUGUAGGAAAUGUUAAAGAACUGCAUUUUCAGCUGGGCAUGGUGGUGCACACCUUUAAUCCCACUGUGGGAGAGGCAGAGGCUGGAGAACCUUUUGAGUUGAGGCCAGUCUGGUCCACAUUGUAAGAGUUCCAGGACAGUCAGAGCUACAUAGACCAUGUCACAACCACUCCACCAAAUAAAAGAACUGUAUUCUUAAGUAGAAUCGGUGUUUUGAUAUUUCUACAGUAAACAUCAGUACCGAAGGCCUUUUUUUCUAUUUUACAUUUGUGUCUUCCAGCUUCUUCUAGCUGAGCUUUUCCUCCCUUGAGAGCCAGAAGGAAAAGAUUUUCAUACUUUGUCUUUGCUGUCCAUGAAAUCCAUCAAUACCCACGGCUUCUUUUGAACUACUGAUAAUGUGAUGUCAUUUUAUAUUAUAAAAAAGAAAUUGCUUUUUUUUUUUCCUCAAUCUUUAAUCUCAGCACUUGGGAGACAGAAGCAGCCAGUCCUCUUGGGUUGUAGGUCAGCCUGGUCUACAACGCAAACUCCAAGCCAGCCAACGCUACAUAAUGAGACUCUGGCUCAACACAAAACCCCAAACCUUUCAGGUCUACUUGUUGUAAUUCUGUUGCCGACAUAAACAGCUAGGGGAAAGGUAGGUUUUUGGUGAGAGUUUGUCAAGGCUUUUCAUAAAUAGCAAAGCAAUACAACAUGUGCACAGGUGUACUUUCAAAAGUCUGAACUUGUCAAAGAAGCCUUGACAUUUUGAGGGUCAUGAAAACCAUGAUUAAGACCAAGAGGAGGCAGUUUCUGUCCACUGACAGCACCUCCUGACCUGUGGGCGGAGGCAGAUUUGGUUGUUUAUUCUUGAGGUGACCAGCUGCUGCCACAUAUAUAAGUAAUGACUGGUGAACAUGAAAGAGAAAUUUGUGCUACCCAAAUAAAAGGUGUUAACAUCCAUUCUCUAAAAGUGUCUACCCAGCCCUGGGAGCUGGUUUUCAUCACUGAGUGAUGUGCCGGUUUGUAAAGAGGGCAACAGCACACAGUGUAUGGACUGUCUGUAUCUCCUAGUGUGAUUACUUAAGCAGAGACAAGUCUGUCCAGAGCUGACACUUGAGCUGGCUGGCUUUAUCCAGCAGUUGCCAUCGGGGCUCACGGUGUAGGGUUUGUGCUCAUUAAGUGCUGAUGGCGAGCAGUGAAAAGUGAUUUACAAGCCAGCUGUGUCAUCACAUGCGGCACUCAAGCUUUUGUCUUCAGUGAUGCCCGUCUGGCUGAAGUCGACCUGAGAUGACUGAAGCACAGAGCAUAAAUGUUCAUUGCCUCCUACCCCAGGGGAAGUGGACUCAGACAUGUCUUGUCUCAACAAGAAACCGAAGGGUUGAAGCUGUGAGAUUCAGUUGCCAAAUAUCCCAGAAGUAACGGGGAGCUCCGUCACAUUUGGCCAGCUUUGGGAUUUGUGGGAGUGGUCUAGGAGGGAGGCUGAAGAAGCAGGGGUGUGACAGUCACCUGCCUUAAGCCUUAUGAAUGGCAGGGGCCACUCCUUGCCCACGCCUGCCUCGUCUAGAUCAGCUGCUUGGGUAGUGCCUCCUUUCGGUUAUUUAACUUGCCUUUUCCUGCACCCUCAACUGAGUGGCUAAUACUACAUUCCUUUUGUGAAUUCAACGAUGGAGUUUGUUUACCUAUUUGGUUUCAGCUUAUUUUGAACAAAGAUCUUUGUCUCUUUCUACUGGAAUGUGCACACAGUGAAUGUUUGUUAGAACUACACAAUAAAGAUACUGUUUUCCUUUUCUUGUCCUGA